AUGGCACGACUCUCUGGUCUCCAGAGGGAAGUUCUGUCCCUUUAUCGCAAAUGCCUUCGAGAAAUCCGAAAGAAGCCUGCCGAAUCAAGAAACAAUUUCAAAUCCUUUGCACGAACGGAAUUUGAAAAGCACAUGGCUAUCAACAAGAAGGACUUCGGCGCGAUCGAAUAUCUCCUCCGAAAAGGCUCAAGGCAACUCGAGAUAUACUCAUCGUCCGGAAUUCGAAAUAUUCGAUAG